AUGGCAAGCGCAUUAAUGGGCUUGCCCGCAAGCGCUGCAAAUGAAGACUUUGAGAAAGUUCAAGUUGUUCCUCAGCCGGAAAACAAUAGUGUAUUGAACAAGGGUGACACCGCGUCGGCUGUGGUCCAUGAAAGUGCGACAAAGAUAAACGGUGGAGCGAAUGGCAUCGAUGGACCUGCAACAAACGGCGACUCGAAAUCGUACGCGGACGCCGCCCGGCCGGCUGUCAAUGGCGUCGAGCCGACUAGGACGAAAUACCCGACUCUUAGGAGCGAGAAAUCGCUCAGGAACAGCGAGGUAACUGCAUGGAAGGCUGGUGGCAUCCGUUUCGCGCCUUUGCGGGUGCCUUUGCGCCGUCGGCUUCAAACGGCAGCUGUGCUCUUCCACUGCAUGUCCAUUGUCGUCCUGAUCUCUAUGUUCUGGUUCACCUGCGCCAAUCCUCUCAUGUGGCCGAUCCUGAUUCCAUACCUGUUACAUCUGACCUUUUCCGCGGCAGCCGUGGAUGGAAAAUUGUCCUAUCGCUCUGAAUACCUGCGUUCCUUGCCGCUAUGGAGGCUCUUCGCAGGAUACUUUCCCAUUCGUCUGCACAAAACUUUCGAUCUUGACCCCAAGAGGCGGUACAUCCUCGGAUAUCAUCCACAUGGUAUUAUUUCUCAUGGCGCUUGGUGUUCUUUCGCGACGAAUGCCCUUGGCUUCAGAGAAAAGUUUCCGGGCAUUACCAACAGCAUCCUGACUCUGGACUCCAACUUUCGCAUUCCACUUUACAGAGACUGGAUCCUGGCCAUGGGUGUUCGAUCUGUCUCUAAGGAAUCUAUUCGCAAUCUGCUGAGCAAAGGCGGACCCAAAAAUGACGGUCAGGGCCGUGCCGUUACCAUUGUCAUUGGAGGCGCUCGCGAGUCCCUUGAGGCACAACCCGGUACCCUCCGUUUGAUUCUGAAAGGUCGCAAAGGCUUCAUUAAAAUGGCACUUCGCAGCGGUGCUGACCUUGUUCCUGUGAUUGGUUUUGGCGAAAACGAUCUCUACGACCAGCUCAGUCCGAAGACUCACCCUCUUGUGCACAAGCUUCAGAUGUUCACUCUUAAGGUCUUCAAGUUCACUUUGCCAGCCCUCCAUGGACGCGGCCUUCUUAACUAUGAUGUCGGACUCAUGCCUUAUCGUCGACCUGUCAAUGUCGUCAUCGGCAAGCCAGUCAGAGUGCAUUCCAGUCCUGGCCAUCAGCCCACGUCAGACGAAAUUGAUUAUUACCAUGAGCUAUAUGUUCAGGAAUUGGAGAACCUUUGGGCGACUUACAAGGAUGACUUUGUUCCUGGCCGGGUAAGCGAACUAGAGAUUGUAAGUUAA